GAUCCCCAGUCCCCCAGCCCGCGCCGCGGCUGAGCCAGGCUGUCCCUUUCCACGUCCUCCUUCCUUGUGGCCCACCCUCAACUGCCUAGCCCCCCCACGGCUGCUGGAGAGAGGGCUGCCCACGCGGGCCUGCCCAGUGCUGGGUGCAGGAAGCCGGGCAGGCGGUGUGUGGGGUUUGGAUUUGGCUCUGCAGUUUAAGGGGAGGGGGCGCGACGGGCAGGAUGAGAAGCCGCGUGGCUCUGCUCUGUCUCUGGAGUACCCUUUGUUGCUUCGCCGCGGGAAGCCCCGCCGACGCCGGUCCGGAGGGACAGCAACCAGAUGUCAGGCCGGCUGUGGCCAAGCCCUCUGUGAGGUUUAACCUCCGCACCUUGAAGGACCCAGAGCAUGAGGGAUGCUACCUUUCCCUGGGCCACGACCGGCUGUUGGCUGACUGUGGUUUCAACAUGACUGCGAAGACCUUUUUCAUCAUUCACGGAUGGACGAUGAGCGGGAUGUUGGAAAAUUGGCUGCACAAGCUGGUGUCCGCCCUUCAGACAAGGGAGAAAGAGGCCAACGUGGUGGUGGUGGACUGGCUGCCCCUGGCUCAUCAGCUUUACACGGACGCUGUCAACCACACCAGGCUGGUGGGCCACACGAUUGCCAAGUUGCUCGAUUGGCUGCAGAGUAAGGAGGAAUUCUCUCUGGGGAACGUCCACCUGAUCGGGUACAGCCUGGGCGCGCACGUGGCUGGGUAUGCCGGCAACUUGGUGAAAGGAACUGUGGGAAGGAUCACAGGGCUGGAUCCUGCUGGGCCUAUGUUCGAAGGCGUGGACAUCCACAAGAGGCUCUCCCCAGACGACGCAGACUUUGUGGAUGUCCUCCACACCUACACGCCCUCCUUCGGCUUGAGCAUCGGCAUCCAGAUGCCCAUAGGCCACAUCGACAUCUACCCCAAUGGAGGCGACUUUCAGCCAGGCUGCGGGCUCAACGACAUCUUGGGGUCGAUUGCAUUCGGAACCCUCUCGGAGGUGAUGAAGUGUGAGCACGAACGGGCUGUGCACCUCUUUGUCGACUCACUGGUGAACCAGGACCAGCCAAGCUUCGCGUUCCAGUGUACGGACUCGAACCGGUUCAAAAGGGGCAUCUGCCUCAGCUGUCGGAAGAACCGCUGUAACAGCAUUGGCUACAAUGCCAAGAAAACCAGGAACAAGAGGAACAGUAAAAUGUACCUGAAAACCCGAGCGGGCAUGCCUUUCAGAGUGUACCAUUACCAGAUGAAAGUUCACAUCUUCAGCUACGUGCAAAAAGGGAAAAUCCAGCCCACCUUUUUUGUCACCCUGUACGGCACCAAUGCAGAUUCCCAGACGCUGUCUUUGGAGAUCAUGGAGGAGAUUGGCCUGAAUGCCACCAACACCUUCCUGGUCUACACAGAGGAGGACUUGGGGGACCUCUUGAAGAUCAAACUCACCUGGGAGGGCACCUCUCAGUCCUGGUUCAACCUGUGGAAGGAGCUGCGCACUUACCUGUCUCAACCGCGCAACCCCUCUCGGGAGCUGACGAUCAGACGGAUCCGGGUCAAGUCCGGGGAAACUCAGCGGAAAUUGACCUUCUGUGUGGAAGACCCUGAGAACGCCAUCAUAGCCCCUGGGCAGGACCUCUGGUUUCACAAGUGUCGUGAUGGCUGGAGGCUGAAAAACGAGACCAGCCCCGCAGUGGAGCUUCACUGAAGGCGCCAGGUCCCGCCACCUUCCACGCACAUGGAGAAAAGUUACUGCUGGGGACCCACCGAUAGGAUGACCCCUCUCAGCCUUGGCCCAGAGCUCCGGGAAGGACUUGCUCUCUGGACCCAGGCCUUUGCCUCCUGUGACGGCUGGGACUUCUCGCUGGAGGGGACUGCCUACCGCUGUAGCACCUGCUGUGGCCCUACAAUUGCUCUAACUCCAACCCUCUGAUGGUGCCUCCUGGAGCCGCGUGUCUCGCUCGUGUGGACACUCAGGGCCUCUCAUGCCCUUGGGGCUGGCGUCUCCAUUCUAGAUGAGCCAGUGCUUUGAUGGAUUAGGAGCGCUGGCUCUGUUAUGGCUCUGUGCACUGCUGGACCUGACUUUCGCCUUUAGAAGAGGUCUUCCUGACUUUGAACCUGCUGCCUUAUCUAGCCAGAGAGGAGAGAGUGACUCUGGGGCCGGUGCAGAUGCUCCGGCUGGGGCUCUGAUGGCUUCCUUGGCCGACCCUGGUUACAUCUUAGAUAGGCUGUCCUGCUUCCCAUCUCUCUUAAGCACAAACCAUUGGCCUUCUUCAUGUGUCCAUUGUUCAUGUUUGAUUUGGAUUGAGCCAGCACUUACCAAACAUGUAAACUUAAGUCCUAUGAGGCAGGAGACACAGUACUAAACCUCACCAGACUUUGUCUCCUCCGAAUGGAGCCCUGGUGGUGGAGUGGUUACCCACUGAGCUGCUCACCACGAGGUCAGUACUUUGAAACCAGCAG